GUUGCCAAUGCUCCCAUUCCUGGUGUGGUUCUCAUUGCUGAUGCUCCCCUUCCUGGGGUUCCCAUUGUUCCCAAUGCCUAUACUCCCAUUCCCAUGGUUCCCAUUGCCGAUGCUCCUGUUCCUUGUGUGGUUCUGGUUGUUCCCAUUGCUGAUGCUCUGUUCCCGUGGUUCCUGUUGCCAAUGCUCCCGUUCCCAGUGUGGUUCUCAUUGCUGAUGCUCCCCUUCCUGGGGUUCCCAUUGUUCCCAAUGCCUAUGCUCCCAUUCCUGUGGUUCGCAUUGCCGAUGCUCCCAUUCACAUGGUUCCCGUUGUUCCCAAUGCCGAUGCUCCUGUUUCCAGUGCAGUUCCCAUUGUUGAUGCUCCCAUUCCCAGGGUUCCUGCUGUUCCCAUUGCUGAUGCUCGUGUUCCCGGUGCGGAUCCCAUUGUUCCCAUUGCGAUGCUCCUGUUUCUGUGGUUCCUGUUGUUCCCAUGGUUCCCGCUGUUCCUGGUGCAGUUCCCGAUGCUGACGGUCCCAUUCCCGGGGUUCCUGUGGUUCCCGGUGCCGAUGCUCCCGUUCCCGUGGCUCCUGUUCCCGGUGUUCCCAGUGCAGUUCCCACUGUUCCCAGUCCUGAUGCCCCCGUUCCCGCUGUUCCUGUUGUUCUUGGCGUUCCCGCUUUUCCCUGUGCGGUUCCCCCAUUCCCAGUGUGGUUCCCACUAUUCCCAUUGCUGAUGCUCCCGUUCCUGCUGUUCCCAUUGCCGAUGCUCCUGUUCCCAGUGCGGUUCCCCCAUUCCCGGUGCGAUGCCCCAUUCCCACUGUUCCUGCUGUUCCCGGUGCGGUGCCCUGUUCCUGCUCUUCCCGGUGCGGUUCCCGCAUUCCUGUCUGAGUACCACUAUGAAUACACGGAGUGCGACAGCACGGGCUCACGGUGGAGGGUGGCAGUGCCACACACGCCAGGACUCUGCACCGGCCUCCCGGACCCCAUCAGGGGCACCGAGUGCUCUUUCUCCUGCAAGGCUGGCGAGUUCCUGGACAUGAAGACACAGGCGUGCCAGCCCUGCGCUGAGGGCACCUACUCGCUGGGCACCGGCGUCCGCUUCGACGAGUGGGAUGAGGUGCCCCAUGGCUUCGCCAACGUUGCCACCAACCCAGAGGUUGACGAUGGCUUUGGCAGCGUGGUGGAGAACUGCACCGGGUCAACGUGGGUGCCGCAUGGAGACUACGUGGCCUCCAACACAGACGAGUGCACGGCCACCCUCAUGUACGCGGUCAACCUCAAGCAGUCGGGCACCGUCUCCUUCGAGUACACCUACCCUGACAGCGGCAUCGUCUUCGAGUUCUUUGUGCAGAACGACCAGUGCCAGCCCACGGCAGGGGAGUCACGCUGGAUGCGGACGACAGAGAAAGGCUGGGAGUUCCACAGCAUGGAGCUGAGCCACGGCAACAAUGUGCUCUACUGGCGGACCACGGCCUUCUCUGUGUUGUCCAAGGUGCACAAGCCCGUGCUGGUGAGGAACAUCAGCAUCACAGGGGUUGCCUACACCUCCGAAUGCUUCCCCUGCAAACCUGGCACCUUCGCCCCCGCCGCCGGCGCCAGCGCCUGCCAGCCCUGCCCAGCCAACACCUUCUCCAGCAAAGGAGCCACCGCCUGCCAGCCCUGUGACCCCACCACCUACGCCGAGCCUGGCUCAGCAUCGUGCCAUGCACGGCCGCCCUGCACCGACCAGGAUUACUUCUACACCCACUCUGCGUGCGAUGCCCGUGGUGAGACCCAGGUGCUGUUCAAGUGGGCCGAGCCCAAGAUCUGCAGCGAGGAGCUCCCUGAGGCAGCUCUGCUGCCACCGCCUGGGGCCAAAACCCCGUGUCCCCCUUGCAACCCCGGCUUCGCCAAGAGCAACGGCUCCACCUGCCAGCCCUGUCCCUACGGCUCCUACUCCAAUGGCUCUGGCUGCAUCAGCUGCCCGGCAGGCACGGAGCCGGUGCUGGGGUUGGAGUACAAGUGGUGGAAUGUGCUGCCUCCCAACAUGGAGACCGCCGUCCUCAGCGACAUCAACUUCGAGUACAAGGGGAUGGCAGGCUGGGAGGUGGCGGGGGACUACAUCUACACAGCAGCAGGAGCCUCCGAUAAUGACUUCAUGAUUCUCACGCUGGUGGUCCCGGGCUUCAGUCCCGCAAGCCCAGUGCUGGAGGACACAGAGAGCAAGGAGGUGGCCAGGAUCACCUUUGUCUUCGAGACCAUCUGCAGCGUCAGCUGUGAGCUCUACUUCAUGGUGGGCAUCAACUCCAGCACCAACAUGGCAGUGGAGACGUGGACGGGUUCCAAGGGGAAGCAGUCCUACACCUACAUUGUGGACCAAAAUGCCACCAUGAGCUUCACGUGGGUCUUCCAGCGCACACCCUACCACGAGGCGGGCCGGUGGUACAGCAGCGACAUGGCCAAGCUCUACUCUAUCAACGUCACCAACGUGCUGGGAGGGGUGGCAUCCUUCUGCCGGCGCUGCGCUCCCGUGACAGCCACGUCCUGUGCCCCAUGUGCCCCUGGCAGCAUCGUGGACCACAGCUCAGGCACCUGCCAGCCCUGCCCGCCCGGCACCUACCUGCAGGAUCACCUCUCUGACAGGACCCCUGCCUGCCAGCCCUGCGGCCCCGGCACCCGCAGCAACCAGCUCCGCUCCCUCUGCUACAACAACUGCAGUUUCUCGCUGCUGCUGCCGGGCCACAUCCUGCACUACAACUUCUCGGCUCUGGCCACAAGCACAGCCUUCACCAGCGGCCCCAGCUUCACUGCCAAGGGCCUCAAGUACUUCCACCAGUUCAACAUCAGCCUCUGCGGCAACCAGGGCAGAAGGACGGCCACCUGCAUGGACAACGUGACAGACAGGGGUCUGCCUGACGGCGAGGGGGACUAUGCACGGGUGGUGACGUCCUACGUGUGCCAGUCCAUCCUGGUGCCCCCCGACGUCACAGGCUACAAGACAGCCAUGUCCUCGCUGCCCAUCAGCCUGGCUGACCGCCUCGUGGGCGUCACUGCCCACUCCAUGCUGGAUGGCAUCACCUCCCCCCCGGAGCACUUCCCGCCCGGCCACUCCGACCUGCCUGACAUUGUCUUCUUCUACAGGUCCAACGAUGCCACACAGCCCUGCAGCAGGGGCCGAGCCACCGCCAUCCGCCUGCGCUGUGACCCACUGCGCCCGGGCCGUGGCACCAUCACCAUGCCCAGCAAAUGCCCCGAGGGCACCUGUGACGGCUGCACCUUCCACUUUCUCUGGGUGACGGGUGAGGCUUGUCCCCGCUGCUCCGCCAGCCACUAUCGCCCCAUCGUCGGCGCCUGUCUCGGUGGCAUCCAGAAAACCACCUACGUCUGGCGGGAGCCCCGGCUGUGCCACGGUGGGCAAAGCUUGCCGGCACAGGAGGUGAGAGCUUGUAGGAGUGUAGAUUUCUGGCUGAAGGUGGGAAUCUCUGCCGGCACCUGCGCUGCGCUCCUGCUCGCCACCCUCGCCGCCUAUUUCUGGAAGAAGAACCAGAAGCUGGAAUAUAAAUAUUCCAAGCUGGUGAUUAGCAUGACAGCCAAUGAAAGCGAGCUGCCAGCGCCGGAUAGCUGUGCCAUCAUGGAAGGAGAGGACGCUGAGGACGAGCUGGUCCUCACCAGCAAGAGAUCUCUUUUCGGGAAAAUCAUAUCCUUCACAUAUAAGGUAAGGAGGGGGCACCACCCCAGAGAAGCGGUUUGCUGGAGCUCCGUGCUUCACUUUUCCCUCCCUGGAGGGGGGACGGAAGGGUUGGAGGGCACCCUGACACCAGGCUCACCGCAGAGGACACCGGAUGGCUUCGACUCUGUCCCACUGAAGCCAUCAUCCGGCAGCAGCGCCAUGGAGCUGUGACCACCCCCUCAACGUGGCCUUAGGGACCCGCUUCGGACCGGAGCUUCAUUACAGCUUUUGUACGUUCCUCUGCUUUGUUCUCCCCCAGUGCCAACACCAAAAAUGCCAAAUAAAGGUGUGGGGUUUGUACAGCGGCUCCGUGUGUCCCUGUGUCCCCGUGACAGGCACUGUGUGUACCGUGUGUGCCAGGCCACACCGUACCAUGCCAGGUGAUGCCACACCGUACGUGUGUGCCAGGCCACACCGUGCCAUGCCAGGUGAUGCCACACCGUACCGUGUGUGCCAGGCCACACUGUACCAUGCCAGGUGAUGCCACACCGUACCGUGUGUGCCAGGACACACCGUGCCAUGCCAGGUGAUGCCACACCGUACCGUGUGUGCCAGGCCACACUGUACCAUGCCAGGUGAUGCCACACCGUACCGUGUGUGCCAGGCCACACCGUGCCAUGCCAGGUGAUGCCACACCGUACCGUGUGUGCCAGGACACACCGUGCCAUGCCAGGUGAUGCCACA